CCGUCACCAUUUUUGACAACCUUCCAUCAAGAAAAAUCAUUGCUUCUGUCAAACUCCCUGAUUACAAAUCUGGCAAGGUAUCAACUUCUGUUAGCCUGUGAAGUGUACAUGAAUUUGCAUUUCAGCUGCAACUUAUAUCCAUAUGUUUGAUCGAUUGCUGCAGUACCUUUAUGAGCAAGUAAAAACAGCUGUUGGUCUGAAGUCUGAACUAUCCUCUGCUAUUUUCUUUUAUGUAGCCAUUGAUGGUCCCAGCAUUAUUUUAGGACGAGAAGCUAGAUAGUUGACAACUUCUCAAGAAGGAUUUGGAUGUUGCUCAUGGAAAAUAGUGAGUGUUUUUCCCAUACCAAGUUGCCAGAGUAUAAGAGGUGUAGAGUCUCUGCUGUUCGUGAUUAUCCUUUAGGGUGUGGACCAUUUGCUCACUUGAGUAAUUUGAAUGCCAAUGCUACGGAGAAAAUUUCAGAUAAGAAAUAUCUUCCUCAAUCAGUAGAAGCUGUGCGGGAUUUUCCUCCUUUCUGUGGGAUAAAUGCUUCUCCUGAGGCCAGGAAAUUUGGCCAAGAGAAGUCAGUUAGGGAUUACAAGUCAUCAUCAUCAUCAAAGACAGUGAAGACUAAUGUGAAACAAACAGGACUUGGGAACAAAUUUCAACCUAACACUGAGAAGAAAAUUGGAGGAAAGUCUCUAAAGAAGAAUCAUCAUGUACCAGUAAGGGCUGCUUGUCAAGGUACAAUUCAACUUGAUAUAAGGAAGAAGGAGUAUUAUCAGCAUGAUGAAAAAGAACACAAUCAUGUGAUUCCAAAAUCAUGGAGUACGGAUGGGUGCCCUACUCCUUUUGGUUGUAGUAGUUCAAGCCGCAGAAGUCAUGAUAAUGACACAACUGAGAGAAACAAGGUAAAGGAGAUAUUGCAUAUGUUCCAAGAUGAAUGUGAAAAGCUCUUGCUGGAGGAAGAACAUAAAAGAUCAAAGGGAGGAGGAACUUCUCUCCGAAGGGUUGAUUUGGAAGCCUUUAAGAUCCUCAAGGAAAGAGGAAUCUUUGUAAAAUCAGGCAAACAUGUCAUAGGAGAUAUCCCAGGAGUUGAAAUUGGUGAUAAGUUUCAAUACCGAGUGGAACUUAUCCUUAUUGGCCUACAUCACCAGAUUCAAGGUGGUAUAGCUUAUGGGAACUUUGGUGGUAAGGUCCUUGCAACCAGUAUCGUUGCAUCUGGUGGCUAUGCAGAUGAUUUGCAUAGUAAGGAUUCGUUGAUCUAUACUGGCCAGGGAGGAAAUGCAAAGAAUACAAAGGGCCAGGGAGGAAAUGCAAAGAAUACAAAGGGCCAGGGAGGAAAUGCAAAGAAUACAAAGGGCCCUCAAGAUCAGAAGCUUGAACGGGGAAAUCUUGCUUUAAAGAAUAGUGUGCAAAAGAACCCUGUCAGAGUGAUCCGUGGCUCCGAACUAUUGGAUGGAAGUAGGACAUAUGUCUAUGAUGGACUAUAUUUGGUAGAGAAAUAUUGGCAGGAAAGAGGGCCUCUUGGUAAGCUUGUUUUCAAGUUUCAGAUGAACAGAAUUGGAGGCACUGGAAAGUGACGUGCGAGAUGCAUGCUCGAACUUGGAUAUACAAAGAAGAAUGGCCACUCAGUAUUUGAACCAUGUAAAAGAGCUACACAGAUGUUUGUGAAUCGGAUUUGCCAGCAAUGUAAGGUGUUUCUGUGUGACAGGUAGGGUAGAUAAAUUGACUUUUGAGAAGAACUUGACAGUGAGGCAUAGGUGUAUUGUCUAGAUAGAGCAAAGCUUGUUAACGAUGUAAUUAGGUCUAAAUUUGAUGUGUGCCAUAGUACGAGACGGUUAGUAUAAACUGGGUUAUGUGAAUGCGGUGUUGGGUUUGAUAUUAAUCAUGCUUUGCUUGCUAGUUGUUGAAGUUGGAAAUUGCCCUUGAAUGUAUAACGCAAUUUCAAAUUUCUGGAACAGUGAUAUUCCUGCCCAUUAUAAUUGCACCUAAGCUGGGACGGACAGAUUUAACAGUGGCUAAGGG